UGAGAGUAACCUUAUAUGUAACUUAUAAUAACGCUCUCAAAAGGUUAAGUUCCUUAUCAGGACUGAUAACUUUUUCGUUAAGUGUCGGUUUUUAUCGGCAACCAAAAGUUGUUUCUUUUUAACUGAUAAGGAUUAAGGAUCAAAAGGGUUCAUAGUUUAAUUAUUCAUGUAUACGAGGAAUGAGAAGUUUCAUCUGAAUGAAAAAUGUUUUUUAAGAAUGCGAUUUCGAGAAAGGUGGAAUUUUAUAAAUUACGAACGAUCGAAACGGCAAAUAUAACAUUGGAUACUGCUUUUAAAGUCGGAUUACUUAUUUUAUUUAUUGUAACUACAAUUUGGAUUUCAGUUUUCUUCUAUGUAGCAUUUUAUUAUACCUAUGUGCCUUCCAUAGAACACGUAAAAAAUGUUAAUUUACAAUUUACUGCUUGUGAGGCAGAAAAAGAUAAUGUGGAAAGAGGAGUGUGUAGUUUUUUGCGAGCUCAUGUAGAACUCACAAAAGCAAACCAAGUAUUUAUGCUUGGUCAGCCCUAUAAAAUAACUUUAUUUCUUGAAAUACCUGAGUCAGAUGCCAACAAAGCUGUUGGUAUGUUUAUGGUUUGUGCUCAACUUUUAGACAAAAAAAGUGUUACAGUGUCAAUGUCUUGUCGUUCUGCGAUGCUUAGGUAUAGAAGUCCUCUUGUACACACCCUUACAACACUGGCACUUGCACCGUUGUAUGUUACAGAAGUCUUGGAAGAAAAACAGACAAUUGAAGUUGAACUUUUCUCAAAUUUUGAAGAUGACCAGAAUUAUCCUGUCACUGAUGUUGUCAUUGAAAUAAAAUCUCAAAAAGUUGAAAUUUAUUCCUCAAAAAUUCAAAUCGAUGCUGAUCUCUCUGGUCUUAGGUAUAUUAUGUUCCAUUGGCCUGUCACAUCUGCAAUUUUUGGGACCGCCUUUAAUUUAACAGUAAUUCUGUUUAUAUCAGUAUUAUCUUACUGGCAACUCUAUGGAACCAAUGAAGAGACAGGUAGAGAAUUAUUAUAUAAGAAAUUCAAAGAAAAAAUUUCUCCUGUUUUUAACCCAAAGAAAGUGCACAGCUUGAAAGAAGAUGAAGACGAGGAUGUAUUAAUAUUGAAAAGUUAUGAUGAGCCAGAUUCUGGAGGGGAAGAAUUGUUUAUCGAUUUAAAGCAAGAGCCAUCUAGUAGUGAAGCAUAAUUACUGUACAAACAUUACAUGUGCCAAAAAUAGCCAAAAAAUUAAUUGUAGGUCACUUUGUGAAUCUUACCUAUGAAAGAGCAAUUGUUUGCAUGACAUUUAUUUAUGUCUGAAUAUCUUAUGUUGCCUAAGAAAACAUGACAUCUUUUUAUGAUUUUUAUAUAUAAAUGGUAUGAAAGACUGAUUUAUUAUUUUUAAAAGUCAUAAUAUCAAUAGAUAUUGUAGCAGAUGGAAAAUCAAAGUGUAGAAUAUAUUCUAGCAUUGUUUGUUAAUAAUUUUAUAUGAAAUAUUUAUUUUAUUAUGAUUAAUAUAAAUACAUUUAUGUUACAACGAAUAUAUAUAUAUAUCUUGUUACCAUAGCUUGUUUUAAUGUAAAAUGUUAUAUUAUUAUAUGUGAUAAUUUUAAACUAUUAAUCUAUUUACUAAAAAUGUUAGUAUUUUUAAAAACAUUUUAAUAAUGUUAAUUAGACUUCUUGUUAUCAUUUAACUUUAAUCUAAAACUAUAUCAUGGUUUUUAAGUUAUUCAAUGA